AAAGACAGAAAUUGGUAUGGGUGAGCAGGAAGGAGGACUUUAUUACUUCAAGGAGCCAGAAAAGAAGAUGGUGUGCAGUGCGAAGAAGGAGAGUGCAUCUAUUGAUACAGGAAGUACAAAUGAGGUUAGCUCUUAUGAUGAAGAUGAAGAAAUGCGGACGGAAGAGCAGAUGGACCGUUCCAAGAGGGACGGUGGACCAGAGGAAAGCGGUGGAGCAGACAGGCUACAGACGGUCGACCUGAUGGACCGUUCGGAUGUCCACGGUCGACCGUCCGAGAGGCAGAAUGACGGGUUCCUGAGAGAUGACCAAACGGUCAACCUGGUGGACCGUUCUGAUAUCCACGGUCGACCGUCCGCGAGGCAGAAUGACGUUUCUUUGGGAGAUGAUCAAACGGUCGAUCGUGAAGUGGAAGACGGUCGACCGUCUCCGAGGCAGAAGGUUAGCGAUCCGGAACAUCUUCAGACGGUCGACCCCGUGGACCGUUCCACGGACAGCGGUCGACCGUCCUCUACCCAGCAGGCGGUGGAGAACUUGGGACAUGGUCAACGUGAGAAACGUCCAAAUGUACGCCUUGCCGAUUAUGUUACCCAUGUAGCUGGUUCACAUGUUGGUGAAAAAUGCAAAUAUCCUCUUGCCUCACAAAUACCCCAAAUGGCUAUUCCCAAGUCUCCUCCCAUAUUCUCCAUCUUCAUACUCCUCGCAUUCUCCCUUUCCGGCAUCCAAACGAGUCAAGCGAUCCGCGUGCUCCAACAACUCCCCGACGUCCCCCCGAUACUCUCCGCCGUUCUUCCCGCCCUUCCGACAUCUCCGACCAUAUCGGGAGAAACUCUGACGACCCCGCUUCUUCCGCUGCCGCCGCCGCUGCCGGACGCCGCCACUUUGUUCGGAGAUCCGCUGCUUCCGCCGCCGGCCUCGUCGCUGAACUUGCCUUUCGUUCAACCUUCUACUAAUGCUCUCCCUUCACUCCCAACAACAUUUCCUACCCUUUUACCACCUCCAAUGAACUAAUAAACUAAUUGAUUAAUUAAACUUCUCUUGAUGAGUUUGUUUGAUUAAUUCGGCAUCUAGCAAUAAAUUAAUAAUAUUUUCUCUGUCGCUCAAAAUCUCUCCACUCUCAAUUUUCUUCCGUUUAAAAAACACUUCUAUUAAUUUUAUGUACUUUUGUUACGUUUGGAGUCGUUAAAUGUUGUGGUACUACCAAUAAUAUGUGUGGUUCGUUCUAUAUAUGUUACGUUCUAGAUGAAACUAUGUUGUACUAAUGAGUACUAUCCUUUUGUUUUGUUUGAAAUAAAUGUUUCAUUUGUUA